AAUAAAUUAUGCGAAUAUAAACACUGCUUCUUCAUUCUUUUAAGCAAAUUGUGAUUCACAAUAGCGGAGUGUACAGAUUUAAAUUUGUAUUUAAAAUCGAAUAUACAAUAAACGCCGAAUUAUUUAUGAAUAUAAACAUGUGAAUGCAUUGAGAGGAAAUACUGCUUAGCUUAUAUAAGUGGCACAUUAAUAGUCUUUAAGUUUAAGUGAAUGAAAUUUUCGUUUCCACGAAAGUUCACAAAAUAUGCAUUGUGAAUACGCAAAAGGUUCAUGACUGUCAAUUUGUUUUAAAUUUUGGUUUCAGUCAGCCGGAAAUAGACGAAAUAAUAAACUUAAAACAUUUUAAAUGGCGAAUUGGCGCUAACCGGACAUUGAAUACGCUGGUUUGUGAUGGUUGUUUGUCGAAGAUAUCAGCGCCGAGCUUGGAUAAGUAAAUGUAUAUACUACUGCAAUAUUCAAAAGGAUUUGCCGAAAAUGCUGCAUUUGGAGUGCGUACAAAUGAACGGUCGGCAGCUUUAAACACUUGGCGUUGUGACACAAAAGUUAAUGGUACAUUUUAAGAAUAAAGCAGAAAUCUUAAAAAUAUGGCAAAAAUAAAGCAAGGAUGUGGGUUUCAGAAAAUUAUAGGACUACUUGCUGCCAUAGUAUACUUUUUUUUAGUCGUAAUGGUAUUCCCGUGUUGCUGGAUCGUGACAAUUUGCUUGCUUCUUUAUGGCAACUACUUUUGGAGGAUAUUGAUAGUCUGCUACAUUCUUUAUAUUCACUUAUCAAGCGCGAAAUUCAUUUCAUGGAACAUCAAAGGAAACGGUUGCAGAUUCCUGCGCAGUAAUUGGUUUUGGAAGCAACUACGCCAUUAUUUUCCAAUCGAAUUAGUGAAAACUGUAGACUUACCUGCUAAUCGGCAUUAUUUAUUCGCGAAUUUUCCACACGGUGUUGUUACUUAUGGCUGCUCCAUUAACAUCACAUUUGACAUCGACAAUUGGCUCGCACUCUUUCCCGGCAUUCGUCCGAAACAGACGAUUUUGAAUGCCACCUUUUUGACGCCAUUUUUCCAUGAAUAUUUGCGAUUUUGCGGUUUUAUUUCGGUCUCGGAAAGGUCGCUGUUGCAUUAUUUGACCAGUCGCUGGCAGGAUGAUGGUUACACAUCUAACGGUGUUUUCAUUAUGGUUGGUGGCGCACAGGAGGCUUUAGACUCUCGUCCGGACCAAUAUGUGUUGACAUUUUUGAGACGUAAAGGCUUCGUUCGUGUGGCUAUUAAAAGUGGCGCUGCCAUCGUUCCGUGUUUCACCUUUGGUGAGGUGGACAGCUUCGAGCGUUAUGACGGGAAAUGGGCUUUGUAUUGGCAAUUGAUAAUAAAAUAUUUGCUUGGUAUAUCGAUAGUACUAGUAAAGGGGCGUGGUGGCUUUCCAAUACCAUUUAAGCGUCGCAUUGUACAAGUGGUUGGCAAACCCAUUGAAGUACAACAAAGUGACAACCCUCAACCGGAAUAUGUUGAUGAAAUUCAUCAAAAAGUCGUUUUUGGUGUAAGGGAAUUAUUUGAGACACAUAAAAUUGAAUACUUAGAGAAUCAUGAAAAUGUCAAACUGGUAAUUAAGUAGUAAUGUUGAUUGUAAUGCGUAAGUGAUUUGGUAGUUGAGUUAAUUUACGAUGAUUUUGAAUUUUUUUGUAAUAAAAAAAACAGUAAUUUUUCGGGUAGAUGCCCUGAAAUCUUAAAGGAAUGUUCUAAAGUCAUCUAAUUACAGAUUCAUCUAAUCGCCGUUCUUAACAUCAUUAGAUGACUGAAUUUCUCCAUUCUUAUCUUUAUAUUUAAGUUCAAAAUUUAUUUCGAUCGUUUUCAGAGUCUCUUUAAUCUCAUAGCAUAUCGUUUUCACCACGCUCCCGUAUUUUGAUACCUCUAUUCUUCUCUCAACAACGAUUUGUAUGUAAUUGAACAUAACCUUACUAAAACUACUGAAUCUGCGCUGAUCACAAAACAUUUCGUAAUAUUACAUAUAACAGUAAAUUAAAAGAGGGAUUUAUUUCCAUAUCUUGAUAUUUCCAUAUCCAACAUUGACAUAUGCACAUACAUACAUUUAACCACAAUGAAAGUCAACGACCUUUAUUGAAAGAUGCAAUUAUCAAGACAUGUUUCAAGGCUCUUUAAUUAGUGAACAUUUUAGCUGUAAUUUAGCUAUUAAAUAUAAAUGUAAUAAACAUGUUUGUAUGUAUGUAUGAACAGCUAUAAGAAUUAUCUCAUAUACAUACGAGUAUGUGAUUAAGUGUAAAGAAGUCAUGGUGUAAAAUGCUUACUAAAAAGUUGAAAAACAUGUUUUAAAAGCAAAUCGCAGUGCAACUGUGUAAUUGUAAUGUAUUUAGUAUGUUUGUACGUGUGUAUGUUUAUGGUUUAUAUCAUUUGAACUAGGCAAUGCAGAGGUCAAUAUAAAAUUAUUAGUUGGGUGAAUGUUUGCAUGGCGCUUCAAAGUCAAUUAGUGGCUUUGGUGUUGCUUUAUAAGAGACUUCAACCACUAAGUUGCAAAUUUUCAAAAAAAGAUCAAUAAAUCGAUUGCGCUUCGGCUAUUUAACGGCUUAUUUCUACAAGACUUGUUCAAGACCUUAAAUCAUUUCAAUAAAAUUCUAUCGAUAUACACAGCAGCGCGAUUCUCAUUGAAAACUAAAGCUUCAUACACAAUUGCCAGAAGAAAAAUUCUUAAGGUCGACGAGCAGUUAAACGUCUUGAAGUCAAGGACUAUGGCCCUUUUAACUUUACGAAAAUGUCAAUAGAGAUAAUGUAGAAAUUAAAGUAUUUUUUUAUAAUACAAGACGCGUUGGAAACCUAGAAAUCGGCAAACCUAGAAAUAGAAAUGAGUGGAGGCCUUCCCCUUCCUCGGCUUCCUCCGGCGGGUACUGCAUCAAACACUUUCAAAGCCGGAGUGUUUUCAUCCUUUCGUACAACAUGACCUAGCCCAGCGUGUCCGCUGUCUUUUUAUUCACUGAACUACGUCAAUGUCGUCGUAUAAUUCGUACAGCUCAUCGUUCCAUCGUCUGCGGUAUUCGCCGUUGCCAAUGUUCUGAGGACCAUAAAUCUUGCGCAAAAUUUUACUCUCGAAAACUCCUAGUGUCGUCUCAUCUUAUGUUGACACCGUCCACGCUUCUGCACCAUAAAGUAGGACGGGAAUGAUGAGGGACUUGUAGAGUUUGAUUUUGGUUUGUCGAGAAAGGACUUUACUUUUCAAUUGCCAACUCAGUCCAGAGUAGCACCUGUUAGCAAGAGUGAUUCUGCGCUGGUUUUCGAGGCUGACAUUGUUGGUGUUGUUGAUGCUGCUUCCCAGGUAUACGAAAUUAUAUACGACUUCGAAGUUAUGACUGUCAACAGUGACGUGGGAGACAAGACGCGAAUGCGCAGUCUGUUUGUUUGAUGACAGGAGAUAUUUCGUCUUAUCCUCAUUCACCUCCAGACCCAUUCGCUUCGCUUCCUUAUUUUUCCUGCGGGAAAAAGCACAACAAACGGCGCGGUUGUUGCUUCCGAUAAUAUCAAUAUCAGCAAUAAUAAAUAAUAAAGUCCGAUAAUUACUUCUAAGAUUUUUUAAUCCCCAUUAGUUGUUAAUCGAAAGAGGUUUCUUUUUAAAAGGGUUUUGCUCUGUCUGGACCGAUUCUGUAGAGCUAGAUAGCGUUCCAAGUUCUACUAAGUAGUCGAAAAAAGCGAGACACCUCCCAUUCUGAUAAGUACCUUUACGACUUGAUUCGUCUAUACUCCUCAAACGCUCGGAAGUUGAUAGACUGAAAUCUAUAUUUCGUUUGUCCGAAGUUCCUAAACCAAUUUAUCGAUUUCAUUUCUCUAUAGUUUUGAUGUGGGCGCAAAAAUGGUGAAAGCCAAGCCACCAAAGCUUAAAUUACUUGAGGCAUAAUAUCCAAAAGAGUCAUAAAGGAGAGGAAGAAUAUUUGCU